CGAACUCCUGACCUCAGGUGAUCCUCCUGCCUUGGCCUCCCAAAGUGCUGAGGAUACAGGUGUGAGCCACUGUGCCCCAGCCUUCCCUAUUUUUCUUGUGGUAACUAGUAACCAUCCUUUGAAAACAAAUAUGUUGGCCAGGUGUGGUGGCUUACACCUGUAAUCCUAGCAUUUUGGUAGUCUGAAGCAGGAGGAUCACUUGAGCUCAGGAGUUCAAGACCAGCCUGGGCAACAUAGUGAGACCUUGUCUCUACAAAAAAUACAAAAAUUAGUGGGACACAGUGGUGUAUGCCUGUAGUCCAGCUACUCAGGUAGCUGAGGCAGGAGGAUCACUUCAGCCCAGGAGUUCAGUGCUGCAGUGAGCUAUGAUCACAUCACUCUCUCCAGCCUGGGUGGUGGAGCAAGAUCCUGUCUUCAAACAAACAAAGAAACAGAAAACUGAAAAUCUUGCUGCUACUCUCUAAUGCAAAAGCACAGUAUAUAGAGUUGCCAUAUGGAAAGCAUGUGAUCUGCAAAAAUCAGUGCCCGCAUUACCCAGCCUAUAGCUUUCAACUUGGGGCCUGUGUGUAAAAUGAUUGUUUCUUUUCUGUCUCCCUUAUGUCUUUAUAGCAUAGCAUAUCUCUCCUGACAAAGCUGUCCUGAGAACCUCUUCUUGUAACUGUUUUGACUGCUCUGGAGGAUGCCGCCUAUGUCUUUAAGAUGAAUGACAAAAAUUACAUCUUUUGAAAAAGAGUUGUUAGAAAAAAGCCUUGGCUGCGUGUGGGGGAAGUGACAACACAGAAGAGACCAGAGAAGAGCCUCCUGGAGGAGAGCUGCGCUUUGACCAUGCUGUCCGGAUGGGUGUAGUGUGCUCUUCUGCAGAGUGUUCACUUCUCUGCUUUUUCUAUGGUCCCAUUUCAUAGAAAGAUUUGAGGUGACGUUUCUUUCCCUCAACUUUUUAUUUUAAAAACUUGCAAACACAGAAAAGUUGAUAAAAUCAUGCAGUGAACAUAUGUAUGCUAUUCAACUGGAUUCACUAGUUAACGUUUUGUCAUAUUUGUUUUCUCUCUUCCAUGUAUGGAAGAUUGUAUAUGUGCCCUUCUUCCCCCUGAAUGAUUUCAAAGUAAGUUGGCAGUAUCAGAGCAUUUCACUGUUAAGUACUUUUGCAGAUAUCGUCUAAGAACCAGGACAUUCUCCUAUAUAAUCACAAUGCCAUUAAUCCACCCAAAAAUUUUAACUUCAAUACACUAAUGAUAUCUAAUGUAUGGAUUAUAAUCAGCUUUCUGGCAGUAAUCUGUUUAGAAGGCUUGCAUCCUGUCACUGUCCACCGAUUAAAUUUUGAACUCUAACUUGAAACCCUGGUCAUCUCAUUGCCUUCUUUCUUAUACCCAUUAAAUCCAAAGGAGCUCUCAUUUUAUUUCUACAGAAAAGAGAAUGGAAAAGAGGGGAAGAGUCCCUAGUACCUUGGAUAAAGUAUGAGCACUUACUACCAUAUGUAUUCUAGUUCUGUAGUUUUCAAACUUCAGGGAGCAUCUCAAGGCUUAUUAAAGCACAGAUAGCUGUCCUUCCCCACUUUCUGAUUCAGGAGGUGUGGGGCUGGCCCAGGAAUUUGCAUGUCUAACAAGUUCCCACAUGUUGCUGAUGCUGAGGGUCUAAGGAAUACAAUGCGUGAACCCGUGGUUUAGUGGAUAUCCACCUAAUGAAUACAUGUUGUAUUUCCUUUUGCACCUGUGAUUACAGAGGAAACACCUUUCGACUGGAAGAUAUCAUUAAACAGAGGAUAAGAGAUCAGUUGAGAGACCAUCAUGCCCAGACCAACCCUAGUGUUGGUGCAGGAGCAAGCGACACCAAAAAGAAGAAAAUAAAUAAUGGCACUAACCCUGAGACAACCACUUCUGAUGGUUGCCACUCACCUGAGGAUAAACAACAGAACGGAGCUCAGCUGGAAGAAGAAAAGAAGGCAAACCACCAACAUCAGGAAGCUCUAAGGAGGGAGCUAGAGGCCCAGGUUCAUACCAUACGAAUCCUUACAUGUCAGAAAACCGAGCUUCAGACGGCACUCUAUUACAGCCAGCAAGCUGUCAAGCAGUUGGAAGGAGAGGCCAGGGAUCUGAACGGCCGCCUGCAUGAUUCAUGGAAGUUUGCAGGAGAGUUAGAGCAGGCUCUCUCUGCCGUCACUACACAGAAGGAGAAGGCGGAUAAGUACAUCGAGGAGUUAACAAAGGAGAGGGACACCCUGAGUCUGGAACUGUACAGGAACACCAUAACCGAUGAGGAGCUGAAGGAGAAAAAUGCCGAACUACAAGAAAAACUUCGACUUGUAGAAUCUGAAAAGUGUGAGAUCCAGCUCAACGUAAAGGAGCUAAAAAGGAAGCCGGAGAGGGCCAAGCUCCUGCUGCCACAGCAGCAGCUGCAGGCGGAGGCUGACCACCUGGGUAAGGAGCUGCAGAGUGUGUCAGCAAAGCUCCAAGCCCAGGUGGAAGAGAACGAGUUGUGGAACCGCCUGAACCAGCAACAGGAGGAGAAGAUGUGGAGCCAGGAGGAGAAGAUACGGGAGAGGGAGGAGAAGAUACGGGAGCAGGAGGAGAAGAUACAAGAGCAGGAGGAGAAGAUACGGGAGCAGGAGGAGAAGAUGCGGAGGCAGGAGGAGAUGAUGCGAGAGAAGGAGGAGAAGAUACGGGAGCUGGAGGAGAAGAUACACGAGCAGGAAAAGAUACGGGAGGAGGAGGAGAAGAGGCAGGAGCAGGAGAAGAUACGUGAGCAGGAGAAGAGGCAGGAGCAGGAGGAGAAGAUGUGGAGGCAGGAGGAGAAGAUACACAAGCAGGAGGAGAAGAUACAGGAGCAGGAGGAGAAGAUGUGGAGGCAGGAGGAGAAGAUGCACGAGCAGGAGAAGAUACGGGAGGAGGAGAAGAGGCAGGAGCAGGAGGAGAAGAUGUGGAGGCAGGAGGAGAAGAUACGGGAGCAGGAGGAGAUGUGGAGGCAGAAGGAGAAGAUGCACCAGCAGGAGGAGAAGAUACGGGAGCAGGAGGAGAAGAUGUGGAGGCAGGAGGAGAAGAUACGGGAGCAGGAGAAGAAGAUGGGGAGGCAGGAGGAGAAGAUAUGGGAGCAGGAGGAGAAGAUGGGGAGGCAGGAGGAGAAGAUACGGGAGCAGGAGGAGAAGAUGCACGAGCAGGAGGAGAAGAUGUGGAGGCAGGAGGAGAAGAUGCACGAGCAGGAGAAGAUACGGGAGGAGGAGAAGAGGCAGGAGCAGGAGGAGAAGAUAUGGAGGCAGGAGGAGAAGAUACGGGAGCAGGAGAAGAUGUGGAGGCAGAAGGAGAAGAUGCGCAAGCAGGAGGAAAAGAUACGGGAGCAGGAGGAGAAGAUGUGGAGGCAGGAGGAGAAGAUAAAGGAGCAGGAAGAGAAGAUGCACGAGCAGGAGGAAAAGAUACGGGAGCAGGAGGAGAAGAUGUGGAGGCAGGAGGAGAAGGUGCGGAAGCAGAAAGAUAUGAUGUGGGAGCAGGAGGAGAAGAUACGUGAGCAGGAGGAGAUGAUGCAGGAACAGGAAGAGAAGAUGGGGGAGCAGGAGGAGAAGAUGGGGGAGCAGGAAGAGAAGAAGCAGGAACAGGAGGAGAAGAUGCGGAGGCAGGAGGAGAAGAUGUGGGAGCAGGAAGUGAGGCUGCAGCACCAGGAGGAGAAGAUGCAGGAACUGGAGGAGCACCUGGAAGCUGCCAUCUACCGAGCAGAUGACAAGAACGCAAAAACAAUAAACAUGUAAAAGCCGGCAGCAAGGCCUGGAGAAGAGUAAGCCGCCACGUGACUGUUUAGAAUAGAGUCUGAGCACAAACCUGAAAAAAACCAUUUAUUUAUUUUAAAUUGUGGCAAAAUACUGGCCAGGCGCGGUGGCUCACGCCUGUAAUCCCAGCAACUUGGGAGACCGAGGUGAAUGGAUGACCUGAGGUCAGGGGUUCAAGACCAGCCUGGCCAAUACAAAAAUUAGCCGGGCAUGGUGGCGCGUGCCUGUAAUCCCAGCUACUUGGGAGGCUGAGGCAGGAGAAUCGCUUGAACCUGCGAGGCAGAGGUUGCAGUGAGCUGAGAUCGUGCCACUGCACUCAAGCCUGGGUGACAGAGCGAGACUCUGUCUCAAAAAAAAAAAAAAGUUUCUUCCUUACAUGUAUGUUUCUAUUGUGUUUUUUCUUGGUCUUUCUCGUUUAGUCUUGUGUUGUCUUAUGGCAUUCCUAAUAAACUUUGUUCUGUCU